AUGAUUGGUGAGCCUGCACCAUCUGAGAGGAAUGUUUCUGCCUCGCAGAGAGGACGAGGAAGAGAAAGAAGAGAAGAGAGUAGAGUAGAGGUUGACCCUGAAACUUUGGACAUUGUCUCCACGGCUGCUAAGCAGAAACAAGUUGAGGUGCUGAUGAAGAUAUACUGGGGUGAUCCUCGUGAGAAGUUAUGUGAGGCCAUUGAUAAGAUCCCUCUCAGCUGCUUAAUUGUUGGAAACAGAGGCCUUAGCAAACUUAAGAGGGUUCUAUUGGGCAGUGUAAGCAAUUAUCUGGUGAAUAAUGGUUCCUGCCCUGUUACUGUGGUGAAGACCCCGUGACCAUGAAGCCUAAAGUGCAUAUAAUCUCAUUGAUGACUUAUUUCACUUCCAUCUACCCUGCUUUAUGUUACUAUAUCAUGCUGUAUGUCUGAACUAUAUUUGUCCAUUUAAACCUUUCUUCAACCUCCAUCUUGUAUAUUCAGAUGGGUAUUUCUGUAAGUUAAACUUGUUGUGUAAUCUGAGAAUAAAUUUGUGUGCU